AUCACUACUUCCGAAUGGGGACGAUUGCAGAUGAUACAUGAACAUUGAACGGCCACAGGCUGAGGGUGACAACUUCGCCUCGCCAGGAAUGUAGCACUUGGGACACUGUUUUGGUAUGCGUCUAAUUCAUCAACAAGCUCCUAAGUGCAUCGGAUCCUCGUUGAUUGAGCGUCCGUAUUCAGCUCAUGCAGUGAUCCACCGUGUUUCCGCUGUUGCUUUGCACAAUCCAAAUCCGAUCCGAUGUGUUGGUUCUAGCUUCAAGUUCGUGUUCGAAAUUACUCGGAUGGCCUGACAAUACUCUUUGGCGGCACAAUUUGGGCGUAAAAUGGACAUGCAUUAGCAUAUAAGGACCAUGGAACUGCUUCACUCAGUAGAAUCCAGUCCCUUACACCCCCGAUACAUAUCACUACAAUGAACGGAUCAUCACCUGUCAUUCACGAUACUCUACCCUUGGUAGAGCCCACUGGCUUCCUGAAUUACUUAUCCCAGAAGCCCCAGUCUCUUCUAUGGGGUCUUGUCGCAUCCUAUGUCGUGUAUAUCCUGCUCAAAGCAGCAAACACUUCUAGGAAGGGCAAAUUGCCGCCAGGUCCUAAGGGUGUGCCACUCUUCGGUAACCUCUUCCAGUUGUCCAAGGACGCCUGGGUUACCUUUGCGGAAUGGAAGCAUCAAUAUGGUCCUUUGGUCUACAUGAGUGUUGCUGGCCAGAACAUGGUCGUCAUGAACACGCAUAAGGUCGCCGCAGAUCUGCUUGAUCGGCGUGCCGCAGUUUAUAGCGAUAGACCCCGUCUUGUGGUUGCUUCCGAGAUUCUUACUGGAAGCCUUCUCAUCCCUUUCACUGGCUAUACCGACGUUUGGCGGAGGAUGAGGCGUGCCAGCCAUGAGGGGCUGAAUAAUUCAUUUGCAAGGAACUAUUACCCUUCUCAGCAGAAGGAGGCCGUCCUCCUCGUUCAAGGCAUGCUGCGGGACUCGAAUAACUGGGAUGACGAACUCAAGAGAGCGGCUUGUUCAAUGAUCCUCGGUGUUGUUUACGACAAGCCUACGAUUGACUCCUGCCAUGAUGGCAGGGUCACCUACGUCAACGACUUCAUUGCCCGCAUUGUUCGUGCUGCGUUCCCUGGUGCACAUUAUGCGGAAUAUUUCACGUGGAUGAAAGUAAGUCUGGAUCAUCCGUUGGUAUAUUGGCGUACUCACAACAGUCUACAGUACCUUCCUACUUCCAUCGCCAAGUGGAAGCGCGAUGCCCUCGAUUGGUACAACAAGGAUACUGUCUACUUCGGUGAGAUGUAUGAGGAAGUCAAGGAUCGUAUCCGAAACGGAGACGAGCGUCACAGCUUUGCAUCGACCCUGAUUCAUGACGAGAGACAGCUCGGUCUCAGCGAAGACGAGUCGGUCUGGUUGGCUGCCACUAUCUACGCUACUGGAGGCGAAACCACCUCCACUGUUAUGGCUUGGUUCAUGCUCGCUAUGGUGACCCACCCCGAAAUACAGAAGAAGGCCCAGGAAGAGCUGGAUGCUGUCAUUGGUCGUGAUCGCAUGCCGACCUUCGCCGACCGUGAUUCUUUGCCCUACGUGCAGGCCUGUGUUCGCGAGUCUCUGAGGUGGAAGACCGUGGCACCCAUUGGCGUCCCUCAUCAAUCUGUAGAGGAUGACUGGUAUGAAGGUCAUUUCAUUCCCAAGGGAACCAUCUGUAUUCCUAACCAAUGGGCCAUGAAUAAAGAUCCUGACGUCUAUGGUCCUGAUGCGGAAGAGUUCAACCCUGGUCGUCAUAUUGAUAAGGAUGGCAACCUAUACUGCCCAUUCGAAGAUACACAUGAUGGACACGUUGGCUUUGGCUUCGGCAGAAGGAUCUGUGUUGGCCGUCACGUUGCCAACAACUCCCUCUUCAUCGAUAUCGCAUCUUUGCUAUGGGCCACAACCAUCGAGCCCAUCAAGGACGCACAAGGCAAGCCCAUCAUGCCUGAUACCGAAGGCUUUAUCAACGAUGGAUUGGUCCUUCGACCUCUUCCCUUCAAGUGCAGCGUCAAACCUCGUUUCGCUGAGGUGGAGAAUAUCGUUAGUCAGACUCGCGAGUCUGAGCUCUGAGUUCUUUCGCUUCUAAGUUUUGAAGAUGUGUUCCAUCCUUUCCGAUCGUAAUCGCGGCCAAUAUUUUAGGCAUCUUCAUUCCUUCCCCAUCUCAUAUCUCUCCCUACAAUGAAUUUAGAACCGGUUGUGAUAGUAAGCUUGAUGCUGUUGCUAUCGUUUAUAUAAUUGUUACUGAAAAUAAACGUACCCACUCCUUUACACGCCACUUGCAUAACCCGCGGUUUGUCUUCAGUGCGGGAAAACGUAACGAAGUCAAGUUAUUCUAUGAGAUUUCGCCGACGUUGUACGAUAGGGAUAUGUAGCGACUCGUAGAAUAGCGUACAAAUUCAAUUCAGUAUCAGUUCAUGAUUGAACCUUUC